AUGUCCCUGACACAAAAACCCGGAGGAUAUGGUGGGCCCCCGCCUCCCCGGUAUCCAUAUCCAGCAGAUAGGGACAAUCAUUCCAGGCCACCUCCUCCAAGAUUGCCUUCGAUGUCGUCGCUGCUGAAUCACGAGCCUCCACACCACGAACCCCGGCCCAAUCCAUUCCUGGCUCGGCAAUCACAACCUCCGUACGUGAUGCAGCAGCAGCAGCAGCAGCAGCAGCAGCAGCAACCGCCGCAACAUUCUCUAUACAUGAGCCAGGUGGACCCUAAUGCUCUGCCGCAACACAAUCAUCAUCUACCUCAACAAGCUCCUAUGAACUCGCACCAGUCACAAACUCCUUCGCAACCUAUGUUGAUGCCUUUGCAGAGUCCACAGUCGUUGGCCACAGGUAACUCUCAGGGCAGUGCUUUGCCCUCCCAACCCAGUAGGCAAACCGAACCUGUUAGAAAGAAGAGGAAGGCUGAUCGGGCCAAAGACGGCGAACAAGAAUACAGCCAAGUUGAAUCCGGCUACCGCCUUGCCGAAGCUAGCAUCUCGCCCACGCAAACACCAUUCAGUCAGGGGGGCCAGUACUCCCGCCGAGAAUCAACCUUCUCCAACGCAUCGUCACGGCAAUUGUCCCAGGCACAGGGCCCCCAAGCAAUGGAGAUUUCUGGGCUCUUGAGCGAAGAGCCAAGUCCUAGAAGGGAACGACCGCAGCCGAAGUUCGCGCUCCGCAUGCGCCAGCAACCCCUUGCUGCGCGAGCCUGUGGCUUUGGCGAGCGUGACCGCCGGGUGAUUGACCCGCCUCCAAUCCUGCAGAUGGACGUCAGCGGGCCAAACAUGACGGCGACUGAGAUCAGCACCUUGAUACGAAGUCCGUACUCGGUUAUCCAUUGUACACUUUGGGAUCCGGAGACUGACAAGGAUGCCACCGCUAUGCCGGGGACGACCGAAAAGAGGCAACAGCGACGACUCAUGGGUACUUUGGUCGCGUCUCCGUUUGUGGGCAAAGACGAGCACGGCAUGGAAGGUUGUUUCUUCACGUUCCCCGAUUUGAGUGUUAGAACACCGGGAAAAUACAGCCUCAGAUUCGCCCUUGUGAACCUCGACCCCACACGCAUGGGCCCGGGAAACAGCGUCCCGGUCCGAAGCACCAUCUGGAGCAGCGAAUUCCAGGUCUUCAAUGCCAAAGACUUCAGUGGCAUGAGAGCCAGUACGGCGUUGACCAAGACGCUCAAGAGCCAGGGAUGUUUGAUAUCGGUUAAGAAGGGCAACGGCAAGCCAGGUAGUAGCCACGAGAGUGACGGAGAAGAUGGGGACGACGACAACAAUGAUGAUGGCCCACGCUCUUCUAGGAGAGCUGUAGGCAGACGUUCUAGAAGGUGA